CUCCGUUCUCCCCGCUCACCCGCCUUUGCCUCGUUUAUGCGCUUCUCUCUCUCUCUCUCUCUCUCUCUGGAGUACGACACUCUGUUUGUCAUUCUAGCCUAGGACUCUAUUUCUUGUAAAUUAUCACCAGCUUCGCCUUCGCAGAUCCCGUCGGUUUACAAGAAAUCAACAGCAACAGCAAUCUCUGCUUCUUUCAACUGUUCAAUUCAGGUGCCGGCGUCAUGGCUUCAACGCUCGGAUCAACCGCUGAGAGCCUCUCCAAGCUGAACAUCCAUGCGGAUUGGAUCUCUUCUGCUCUUCCCAAUCUCCAAAAUAACCUCUCUCUCUUCUCUCCCCAACAGAUUGUGCUGGCGAAGAUGUUGAUAGAGAUGGGCCAGAGCCAUCUGUUUGAGGAAUGGCCUGAACCAGGUGUUGAUGAUGAUGAGAAGCGAGCUUUCUUCGAUCAGUUGGCUCGACUUAAUGUGAGCUAUCCUGGGGGUUUGGUAUCAUAUAUCAGAACUGCUAGGGAACUAUUAGCUGACUCAAAGGCAGGAAAGAACCCAUUUGAUGGCUUUACACCUUCUAAUGUACCAAGAAGGAUGCUAAAGGACACUAAAGAAAUUUGA